AUGGUUCACCAGCAAUCCUCACAUUUAUUCGAGUCGAUUCUCGACGGCACCAACGCCACUGCGCUCUUUUCUUUCCUGCACUCCAAUGAUCCGCGCAGCUACAACACGGCUCAAGAAGCUAUGCUUGCAGCCAGUCGGGCAAGCAAGUCGUGUCGGCGGUUCGUGCCCUCGGACUACGGCGGAGACAUCGACAGAUUUCCCGGUCUGCCACGGUUCUAUGAGCCCACGCACAGAGCGUUCCGCGAGAACAUCCUGCGUCACGAGACCGAGAUCGAGUGGACGGCCGCCAACCAUGGGUGGUUCAUGGAUUACUUCGUACAGGGAAGUAAAGUAGAUCCGACUACAUUGCCGUACGGCUUUUCUGGACGAUCGCCGGCGACAGCAGGACAGGGUGAGAAUGAUAAUAACAGUAAAGACAUCGACUUCUCGAUUCCGCGCUCGUACAUGAAGCCUCUCCCGGGUAUCUGGCCUCUCGACCUCGACUCGUUCACAGCAACGCGCCUGGGAACCGGGAACGAGGCUAUCGGCUGGACAUCAGCGCGCGAUGUCGCUCGCGCCCUGGUGCGACUCGUCCAAGCACCCGCCGGAUCCUGGGAGAAGCACACCUACGUAGCGGGCGAGAUAGGGACGUGGUACCAGGCCAUUUCAAAAGUGGAAAAGUUUCUUGGUCGAAAAUUUGUUGUUGUCGAUCCGCCAUCAGAAUAG